AUGAACACACUUGGGCUCAUUCUCCUCCUCAGCAUUCUCAGCUCGCUUUCUGCGGCCUUUGCCCAAGACUGUCCGCUGAAGUUCACCCCAGUUCUCCCUCGCAACUCGGACUUCGAGAAAGCUUGUUCUGCUGAUUCGGCCACCAAGUCUCCUUGCUUCCAUCACGUCUCUGGCUCGCUUCGCUUGGCCAACGUCAGUUCAAAUUCCCUUCAGGAAAACAUUAAAGAAAUGCUUUUCGUCAAAGACGGUUUCUUGACCGACUUCACCUUCGCCUACUCUACUAAGGGUUAUUAUAUCAAUUAUUUAGACGGAGGCGUAGGGCUGCAGUACACACCCGUCGAUAGUAACAACUGUUUUGGUCCAAGCUGGAACGCCCUUGGUGCGAGGUCUGGGGCUUAUAGGUUGAGCGGAGCUGUGGCAAAUGGCGGAGAGAAGUUGUUUGACUCAAGCGCUAAUGGUUAUGGUACUGUCCAUGUUUGCGAUCGUUAUGUUGAUCUUUGGUUGGAGAAGUAUUGA